AUGAAUUUUGAAUUAUCUCAAUUAAAACUUCAUGAGCGACGACAAGAAAAUAUUCAAUCUCAACCCCCCACACGAGAACAAGAACAAAUCGCACCGCAAGACCUCUCCCAACAGCAGUACGCCCCGUCAUUAAAAUUGCCCGUCUCUUCCUCGCGUCGAUAUUCGCCGUCGGAUGAUUAUUUUCAUCAUCAAAGAUCUUCGUCACAACAACAAAUGACACCACAGCAUGAUAUCGUUUUAUAUCCUGACACACCCCAACAUCAUCAUUAUUUACCAAUGUUCCCUUCUUCUCCUUCUCCGACGAGACAGACCGCUUUCCGUCAACAACCCACGAACACUUCCUCUUAUACCUUACCUGUCUUACAAUCCUCUGUUAAUUUUCACCAAUCCUCUCAAGACAAAUAUUUUGAUGCUCAGCAGAGGUCCUCUGGUCCCACACCACCGUUAACCCCUACUGGUCAUAAUCGUACGGUGAAAAGGAGAAGUUCCACUUUGCUCGUGAAAAAAUCGGAUGGUGCCGUGGUUAGUCUGUUAAAUGAUGAGGAUGAUUUUAAUACUGCAGCCUUCACAAGCAUGGACGUAGAUCCUUCUUGGGUUCACAUUCAAGAGGAUUCCUCAGCUGGACGGAAGCAAUCAAUCACGGACGAGAUGCUCGUGCAACGUCAUAAACAACGUGGGUUGAGUAACGCUACUACUAAUUUGGCAACUGGCAAUAAGAGAAAGUACGCUUGUAUUCAUCCAAAUUGUGGUAAGAGUUUUACUACGAGCGGUCAUUUGGCUAGACAUAAUCGAAUACAUACGGGUGAGAAGAACUUCUCAUGUUUGAUGCCAGGAUGUGCGUCAAAAUUUUCAAGACAAGAUAAUAUGAUGCAGCAUUAUCGUACUCAUUUAUCUGCGAAAAGUCGCAGAGGUUCCAAGGUCGGUAAUCCUUUACAUCAUCAACCUAUGCCUUUGAUAUUGCCUCCAACUCCGUUAACUACUCCAACUUCAACAACUGUUAACGGUUAUAACUUUGGUGCCAAUCAUCAAAAUGCUGUUCCGUCUGACAAAAAUCCAACUUUGCCACCUGUACGGUCAAUAAUUUCCGAACAAAUGGUGUUACCUCCAAUUCAAACUUUGGAUCCCCCUUUGACAUCUGCUCAACAACAUUCUAUGUUUCAACAAGAUACUGGAUUAAAUAAUAAUUCUCAUUUCAUGAGGAGUGGUGGAAGUGGUCAACAACGAAAUGAAUUUUCUCCAGCUGUCGAUUUAACCAAUCAUUAUGUUAGCAUAAUGAGAUCCUUGGCCAUGAAUAAUCCUGAUUUUGAACCAAUCGCUUCAAAAACUUUGUUAUUUGGUACAGUUUCCGGCGCCAUUGGCGUCAUCGCAACCAUAUCAGAAGAUAGGUUUAAAUUUUUACAAAAGUUGGAACAUUGUAUAGACAAGACCGUUGGCCCUAUUGGUGGACUAACUCAUUCCGAUUGGCGAAUUUUUCAGAAUGAAUAUCGAUCACGUGAAGUGCGAGAUUUCAUUGAUGGAGACUUAAUAGAAUCCUUCCUAGAUUUACCACGAAAAGAUAUGGCGGAAAUUGCUGGAACGUUAGGUAAGAAGGUAGAUGAUUUAUUAAAGACUGUGGAGGAAUAUACGAGAAUGCAUUAA